AAGCCAACAAGUGAUCGGUCUCCAAGAGUUUGCGAACCAAGUGUGGUACAUGUUGUUCAUAGUGUUUGUACCCUACGCGAUGUUCCCACUGUCUCUGGGCUGGUGCAUUACCAUCGGGAUCCUCACAUUCCUGGCACAUAUGAUAGCGAAUAUGGUUCAGAUACACACGAAACCCGAUGUGGUCGUCGCUAAUUGUCAAAAAUACGCAUGUGCCUUGCGCAUUCUGGGAGGAAACGCAUUACUUCAUGUAGCAGUGAAUUUUGCUGGCUUAUAUGCCAAAUCUUUUGUGGAAUGUGAGCAGAGAGAAGUAUUCCUGGAGACGCGGAAGUCAAAGACUGCGUACGAGAAGACUAGGAAGGAGAGCAAUAGACAAUGGCAUCUCAUUCAAAGUGUGAUACCCGAUUUCUUGGCAAAAAAGAUUUCUACCCACUUGUGUGAGGAAGAAGGAGAUGUUCAGAAUCUAUUGGACGUAGUCACAUACCAGCGACAUGAUGUGUCCAUAUUGUUCGCUGAUAUCAAGGGAUUCACCGAAAUGUCCAGCAAAUGCAGCGCCCAAGAGUUGGUGGAGUUGCUGAAUGAACUCUUCGCUCGUUUUGACAAGUUAGCUUCGGAGAACAAUUGCUUACGUAUCAAGCUGCUGGGUGACUGCUACUUCUGCGUCAGCGGUCUUCUGCAGAAAUAUGAGCAUCACGCGCACUCUUGCGUCAACCUCGGACUUUUAAUGAUUCACGCCAUCCGCAAGAUACGACUACAAAGAAAAGAAAUAGCGAUGAACCUGGACAUGCGAAUCGGUAUCCACAGCGGCCAAGUGCUCUGCGGAGUACUGGGGCAGCUGAAGUGGCAACUCGAUCUGUGGUCCCGUGACGUCAUACUUGCGAACCGCAUUGAAAGUAGUGGCAUGCCUGGCCGCGUCCACAUUUCGUCUUCUACCUUCGAGUACCUGAAAGGGGCCUUCAAAGUAGAACCAGGUGAUGGAGGAGCACGGGAUCCAUACCUUCAGGCGCACCUCCCAGCCACAUACUUCAUUUCAGUUUUGGAGCAGCCACAAAGAAUUAAGAAAACUUCUGUUCGAAGGCUGGAAAAUGGAUCAGAAACAUGCCGAAAAGUCAAUCAGUCUAACCUCUUGGCUGUACCAGCACCGCCGAGACCAAACUAUAAGGCACUUCGUCGAUUACGACGCGGCUUUGAGGACGAAGAUUGGAAACCUGAAAUGCCCUUCGAAAAUUACUAUCAUGGAGAUAGAAGGGAAAGCGAGAUUAAAGGAAGAACUGAUGUUGAAGCCGUUGACGAAGAAGAAAAAUUAAAUCAACUGAUCGAAGCUUGCAGAAGGCACAUGAACGCUUGGUCAUUACGAUUCAACCGGCCAGCUCUUGAGUCUAGCUUCUCAGUACUGGAUGAAGAGACCUUCAAGUCUAACGUCAUGAGCUGCCUGGUGCUGUGGCUGUUUGUGGUGGCUGUGCAAAUCGUAGCACACUACAAUUGCCGGAACCUGAUGAUUGUUCUCACAGUAAUGACGAUACCCCUCGUUCUUUGCUUCUUGCUGGUGAUGGUCCAAGAGUUCCCCUACCUCCACCGACACCUCGUCGCGUCAUCAGCCAAGAUCAACAGCACACGGAUCCUGAGAGUCAUGCAUAUCUGCUUCUUCAUCUUCGUCAUGUCUCUAUCAAGCACUUUAAAAUUGUAUAUCUGUCCGCUGUCAUCGUCGCACCCAGCUGUCACCAACAAUACAAACUCUACAAACUUCACUCUCCAUAAUUCCACUUUGUCAGAUGGUGAUAAUGAUACAGACGAGUGCUACCGUCCGGAGUACGUGGUGUUCACGUGGGUGCUGUGCCUGGUGGCACUCACGUCCGUGCUCAAGCUGUACUACUUGAUCAAGACCCUGUUGGCAACCAUCAAUGUAAUAAUGUACUGCAUCCUGCUCGUACACUUCUAUAUGUAUAACGACAUCGAAGAUACGGUCUUGCUGUCAGCACAAAUGCUAGUUCUAAUUUGCGGUUUCCUAAUAGUGGUAGUAGUCCACGCUCGUCAAGUAGAAGUGAUUUCACGGCUGGACUUUAUGUGGAAGCGACAAGCGAAAACAGACCUUGAGCGAAUGGAGUUUGCGCAGAAUAUGCACAAACAGUUACUCGGCCAUAUAUUACCCGACCAUGUGGUUGAACAUUUUCUAAGCAAGGAUUGGCACCCAGACAAACUGUAUUGCCAGCAACAUGACGAAGUGGGUGUGAUGUUUGCGUCCUUAUCAGACGUCUAUAUGUUGUUCGAAACGGGAGACGCAUUUAAGGGCUUGCGUGCAAUCAACCGCAUAAUACUUAUCUUUGACAACUUACUAUUGGAGACAAAAUAUAAAUGCAUUGAGAAAAUUAAGACCAUCAGUGGGACAUACAUGGUGGCUUCUGGACUUGAUCCCAGAUUUAAGUCAGGAAAGAACGAUCGGAAUCACCUAUAUGCUCUGGUUGACUUCGCGUCUACGAUAAUAGAGGCACUCAAUGCCUUGCCAACAUACAAAUUCAAAGUGAGAAUAGGCAUUAGCUGUGGUCCCCUGGUGGGCGGAGUGAUCGGCGCUCGCAAGCCGGUGUACGACAUCUGGGGCAACACCGUCAACGAAGCUUCACGCAUGGAAUCCACGGGAGAUUUCAACCUGAUACAAGUCCCCAGCCAUACCCGACAGCUACUCAAGGAUCAGUUCAUACUGAAGCUACGCGGAGAAGUGCAAGUGAAGGGCAAGGGCCUGAUGGAAACAUGGUGGGUGCCUUCAGGACAAUAUUGGACACCAGAUCCGGACUAUAAAAAGAAACUAGCUGCGGCUCGCCACGAAAUGACAAUACGUCACCUACAAAUGAGUGGACACCUUAUGGAUAAUGAAAUCGACCGUGUACCUCAAGAACGUAGAAAAUUCAUAGACAUCGCGAGACGAAUUGUGUCACGUGCCUUUCUUCGUAGCGCUCACAGAACAAAUUCAGUGUCGAAAAGAUUGAUUUUGGAUCCUGAAGACAGAUGGCAUAAAUCCAAUCUUCUUCCCCCUGAUCCAUCCGAUGAUGAUGCCGAAGAGACACCUCUGCAUCCGUUUGCAUCACUCUUGUACUCCGUGCAACGAACCAAUCAGCACAUCCAUACGCAUCCGCUCUACACCUCAAACGAGUUUCUAGCUGAGGCAGUUGACUCACCACAAAGAAAACAGCCAAAUGGCACUAACCUUCCGCACAAUGACGACCGGGUUUCGGCCAAGGAACACGGGUUGGUAGUACCGCCGCCGCCGCCACCGCUGCCGAAUACGCACGGAGCGUCUACAUCUGCAGAAUCGGUGGUAUCUAACCCACCACCACCCCCACCUCUUCCACAUCACGGAAGACCAAGAAACUAGGGGACUUCAAGCGAACUAUAACUGGAGUGGGCUUGAAUUCAUUUUUUUUUAUGUUACUAAAGUUGACAACUUAUUAUGAGGCGUGUAGGUAAUAUUACUUAUACCUCGAAGCA